UCCUCUUAUCAGGAGAUGUUGAACUCAAUCCUGGUCCUAUGAUUGAUGAUCGACCUGAUAUUUCAUUAUUAAUCCAAUGGCUUGAACCACUUGUUGACUGGCAAUCAUUUGGUUACUGCUUACCAGGAAUAACACAACAUGAUGUAUUAAUUAUUGAAGCUGAGAGUUCCAGUGUGAACGACCAAAAGAGGAAAUUGUAUUCAAAAUGGCUCUCUGUUUCUCCUGAGGCAACUUGGAAUGAUGUCAUUACUGCAUUGACCAUUAGAAGAGAAAACACUCUUGCACAAAAUAUCAAAGAAAUGAUUGAAGGACAUCCUUCAGUACCUAACAUUAGUAAUGGAGCUGCUGUGGGCACAACACGACAACAAGAAAUUAAGUUUAGCACUAAAGAAGAUGAAGAAGAAGUGUCGUGUUCAUUGACAGAACUCAACAAAUCAUUUACUAGUUUAAUGACGAAGGUACGAACAGCAUUUGAUAAAAAAGUAGCCUCAGAUUCUAAGCUACUCACUGAUAUAACAAGAUGGAUUGAGACUUACAUGAACUGGAAUGAUAAGCUAACAAAUGCAUCAUUAAAUGAAACUUUUAAAAUUAUUUAUCCAUACUAUGAUUUCAUUGAAUGCAGUCUGAUAGUGGACAUGACUGAAGUCUUUCUUAAAAAUUUUGAAUUUGAUGAUAAUAAUAUGAUGAAUAUUGCCAGUGAAUUAAAGGAUUACAAGGAAAAAGCAGACAAACUUCGUUUUUCAGCUCAAGUGAAACAUCUUAAUGACUCAUUGAAAACAAUAUAUGAAGAACAUAUACCAGAUACAUCAAAUAUGCCAAUGAUUUUAAUGAAGCUUUAUAACCCAUGGCGUAGUAGCAACAUCCAUGGACUCUCUUUACUGAUCCACAGCUUACUUCCAGUUGGAUACCAGCAGUCAAUAAUGAAAUAUAUUACAAUAACUUCUGGUGCUGCUACUAGUACUGUACCAGUAGUAUCAUCAUUAAUUUCAAAACCUACAUCAGGUAAACAUACACUUAAAGCCCAACAUACAUGGGGCAACAUGUUGAAUGCAACAUCAAUCAAACAAGCGUAA